UCGUCUUUGUGAGUUCCUGGUUUGAAAGAACCGGAAGAAGCUUUGUAAAUGAAACAGAGCUUAUAUGCUGAAUUCCUUUAUUUUAGUCUGGGCAGGACAGCUUGUAAGUUUCGGUUCCAGCUAAACACCCAGCGAGUAGAAACGCGUAAAACAAAAGUGAAAGUAUGGGCUGUGGAUGUGACGGCGAUGUUUCCUCUGAAACGACAGGAGCGUUUCACUCUCGGCAGGUUUGGCUCCUGUGCUGUCAGUAAUCCGGUGCAUGCGGCGCACGACGACUCUGCAGAUCUUCAGGCUACACCGUGAAGUCCAGUCUGCACUGAUGAAGGGGAUCCAGAGGCUUUCUUCAGUAUUUAGAAUGAUGGACCUCCACUACGGAAUGAGAGGCCUCACCAAUUAUCAUCUGUCCUGCUGUGUGAACACUUUACUGCAGACCCUCUCUGCUACCUGGGAACUAACAGACCUGCUAGAAAAGUGGAAAACAGCUGGUAUGAGUGUGGACAGUCAUAACAUCCCCCUACAACUAAAGAGAGUCCUCAUAGCCAUGAGGAGCGACCUUCCUCAGCCUGUUCCUCAUCGUGAUUUCCUCCACUGUUUGGACAGAAACCGUGUUCGGCUUAAUAUACAGCACGAUGCUGAUGAGGUGUUCCUCUCCAUCCUGAACUUCAUGCAACAGCAGAUAGAUGACAAGGCACUGGCUCUUGAAGUCCAGAAGCUGUACAGGAUUUCUGUGGAGACACAUCUGCAGUGUUUAGAGUGCAGCAGCGUCCAGACUGGGAUGAACUACCUGCUCCACCUGUCUGUGCCUAUAAAGGAAGAUCACAACUCUCUGGAAUGCUGCUUGACCUCAUUCUUUGAGCAUCAGGAGCUGAGAGGUAUAAAUUGCUGCUUUUGUGCAAAAUGUGGAAUGAAGACUCCAUCUAAACAGGGUGUUAAACUGCGCUCCCUGCCCCGUAUCUUGUGCAUGCACCUGAAACGGUUUCGAAAUAGCCUUGGUCACACCCGAAAGCUUAAUUGCAAGGUCACGUUUCCAGAAAGUUUUGACUUUGCUGAGAUUGCUCCAGAAGCAUUCGCCACAGACUUUGCCCAGACUCAAUGCAAGUACUCUUUGUAUGCAGUGGUAGUGCACUCUGGUAUUGCAAUGUGUGGGCACUAUACUGCCUUUGUUCGCCACAGGAUGAACCAACACUGGUACUAUGCAGAUGACAGCGACGUGCAGCAGGUCUCCUGGGAAAAGGUACAGACAUCUUAUGGAGGGCAGCGCAGAGACACCGCAUACAUGUUAAUGUACAGAAAAUGUUCACAAGAUGAGGAAGAGCAACCUGAGUUGUCUGGCUGAGUGUGUGGAUGCAGAUGAAUUAAUAUGGGACAUGGUGCAAUGCAGGAUCAACAUGGAAGCAACAUUUUAAAGAAUUUAAACAUUUAUUUUGAUGAAGUAAACAACUUUUGAUUUUAUUGUAUGGUGAAUGGUUUUAUAUUACUAUUUUUAACUCCAAGAGCUCAUAGUAAUAUGUAUAAUUUACACCAGCACAGUAAUUUCUACCAAACAACACUAGGUGGUGUCCAAGACUCAAAGGACCAAAUGGUUUCCCAGCCUCAGACCACACGCACUGUGAACACGCUCAGUGAUACUGGGGGUUGUUUGAAGCACAUGCUUACCUUAUAUAUUCACUGUUUGGGGGAAAUACCUACAACAGGAAUCAGUGUUCUUUUUCCUGUCACUGAUGUGUAAUAUAAGAGUCAUUCAUAAAGAACAAUGAAGGCAUUUUUUUCAUAUGAUCUGCCACAAUUAACCACAGCAGCACAUCUGCUGCCACCUGAGCUUAUACUAGUGAAAACUGCUUGUGCUGUAUUUAUAAGGGUUUGAAAAUGUAUUGGGGAAUCCGUCUUACAAAAAGAGGUUAAACAUGGCAAUGCUUGAGUGCUCAGGAUAGGCUGUCAGCAGAGUCUCUAAAGUUCCUACUUGCUUGGCCAAGAGCUGAGGGGCCGUGUGAAAUGGUCCCUAUAUGCUGCAGAGGUCUGACAGAAUGGAACAUGUCUGCACAGUGCCACAAGCAGCGGGCCUCAUGCUUAGUCAUCUCGCUGCCAUGUAGCCCAGGCACAGCUUUCUGUAUAGGGGUAUGUUCUUCCCACAGCCAGACCAAGGCUAGAUGUACACAUUGUGUCUAGGUGUGAGUCAGUGUCACGAAUAUGGUUAGGUGUUUUACACUGUGUUUGUUUCCUUUAACCUUUUUCUAAUAGUCAUAAUAAUAAAUAUUAACGUAUCCUGAGAGAAAAUUUACAUUUUUACAUGAAUGCAAGUGUUAGAGAAUUGGGUACUUGGAUGGAUUUUCAAGCAUUAUUGUAUAUUAUUUUUAUCUGUCACAUAAUAUCAGGCAUUUUAGCAUCUAUCAGCUUCGUGUUUUGGUUUCUGGCCUAGAACAGUUUCAGUUUAUCACUCUUUUAGCGUUAUACAGCAGGCAACUGUUUUCCAGGAACAAAAUCCCUCUCAAAUCCACAGUAUGCUACAUGCCCAGCACCAAAUGGCAGCCAAAACUAGCAUCUAACGUUAGCUCAUGGACAUAGCAGAUAAAUACAUAGAACAUAGAUAUUUCCUUUGAGUCGGUGAGGACCAAAAGCAGAGCUAAAAGGAGAGAGAAUAUUUGACAAAUAUUAGCCAGGUGGUCAGAAAUACUGAAAAUGCAUGCCAGUGUUGCUCUAAUGGAUGUGUACAUCAGCAUCUGUAUGGUAACACGUUUGUCAUCCACUUAAAAUUUGUUAAUUUGUCAGUUAUGUUCAUAGUUUGCAGUGACUUCUAGUGGCCAAAACAUCACUUGUUGUAGAUUUAUACAUGUGUAAAAGUAGUCAAAACAGUAUGUUACAAGCAGAAGUCCUGCAUUUGAAAACUUGUGUAUGUAAAAAUUUGGACAUAACAUGUGUGUAAUGUAGUUUUGAAAUAAAAUGAGUCAAAUUUAAUGUACUGACAAUGCAGGAUGGCUCAUAGUGUCAUUAUACUACAAAUAUCAAAUGGGUGGAUUAAUAUCAUUAUUAAUGGAUACAUGUGUGAGCAGCAUUUUAAUGUUGAAGCUGGUUGUGGUGCAACAAAUUUACCUGCUUUUUCUCUCAUUACAUAAUCUAUAAAUGCACAGUAUUUUGUUGAUUAUGUUUGUAUGUGAAACAUGGAUGUGCAAAGUAACUGGUAACUAGCUACAAUUGUAAGAUACAGUCAGCUGCCAGUUUAUUAGGCACACACAGCUAACACUGCUCACAGUCUAAUACAACUGUCCUGCAAUAAAUCCUCUUUUUGUGGCAGUUAUAAUUUUCAGUUUUUUGUUAACUGUUUUGCAAAGCUAAUACAUGUAGAGAAGGUACAUUAUGCUGCUGUUGGUGUAUACUUCUGUAUACAGUACAGGGAGGUGUUGCUGUUUUUUAGCCUAACCUCUCAAUGCAGGAUAGGUAGGCCAAGUGAAAUUUUUGAAGAAACAUCAGAAUCAGAAUAUAAUGCAAUAACUCAUCCUUUUCCAAAGAACCAGUUCAUCCCUUUCUCAAGUUUUAAUUAAUAAUUCACGUUGUAUGACCAUGUGUCAAGUAGAUGUCAGAUGAAUACCUGUCCAGCGCCUCCCUGACAUUUACCAAUGGCAGCACACCCCGAGAGAUAAAGUCUGACUGUACGUCUUACUUUCUUUUCAAGCAUGUGACACACAUGCAUGAGAUCUUCGGCUCUAUUGUUUGAGGUUGAGCUCUGGCCUCAACACUUUAUGGCAGAGCUUAAUCCCUGCAAUUUAGUUUUAACUCCUUAUCUUGGUUAGGUGUUAGCCAGUCGGCCAAGGACACCUUAUGCUGUAUGGUUUGGGUAUCAUUUCUCCAACUGUGAUAGCGAUUGACACAAUAAACCUUUAAGGCCUAAGUGAAACAGAUCCAUUGGGGGGAACGCAGCCCCAGUAGGCACGUAUCCUGCAGCAGCAGCAGAGAUGAUAUUUCUCAGGCUUUGCAGAGUGGCAACAUUUUAACUGUUUUCUUUGGAGAAUAUUUCAAGGUCUAUUAAUGCCUUUUAGUCAUUGUUGAUGUGUGUUUACCAGUUACUAGGUGAGCACACCACUGUGAUGUGUUGAGGAGAAAAUGGAAUUUGGCUGUUUGAGAACCACUUUUAAAUUUUCCCUUUUUUUAUAUGGAGGAUUUCACAGGCUUACAUAAAUGCCUAAGCCUGACUUUUUGAAACACAACCGACAGCUAACCAGUAUUCCAGCCCUCUGUCUCUCAACAAUAAUAAUGUCAUUUCAUGUUGCUUCUCAAAGAGUGACCUGCAUGUUGUUCUGUCAUACAAAGCAGUGAAGUUGAACUGUGAACAAACUGUAACAGAUACAGAGGUUGUAAUCAUGGAUGUAUUAUUGUUUUAUGUCUUUUUUAAUUAGUAGCAUGGCUCUGUGGACCUGAAUGAGGUAUCUCAAUAGAUAUCAGAUGAUAUAUUAUGAAAUUCCAUGCAUCCAUGGUCUCCCCAGGAUGAACCUUUAGUGAUCCUUUAUGACUUAAAGUUAGAUUGAUUGCAAUGAAAUUUUGAACAGACACGAGUUGAUGUUCCAUCCAGAAUUAAAUACAGCAACUUUUUAUUUCAUCCAGCACCACCUAGACACCUGCAAAACUAAUGACAUCACCAUCAGCGUCAGCUGUUCUUUGUGUUUGGUGUUAUUCAAAUUCAAUACUUUAUUGUCAUUGUCAUAAUAACACAGUUAUAAAUAACAAUGAGAUAUCAUUUGAACAUCUUAAUCCUGGCAUAGCAAAGCAAAAGUGCCUCCCAACUAGUUCACAGUGGUGGAGUGUGAUUAUAUUUGGUGAUGGAUGGGGGGGCGGAGUGCUGUUCAUUCAGUAGCCUCACUGCCUGAGGAUAUAGGCUGUGUGCCAGUCUGGUGGUUCUUGCACAGAUGGACCAAUAUCUCCUCCCAGAGGGCAGCAGGUGGAACAAAUGAUGUGCAGGGUGAUGCUGAUCACACAGGGCGCUAUGCACAUGACGUAGACAGCAGGUAGUAUAGAUGGUGAGGAUCUCUGGGAGACUGGUCCCGAUGAGUUUCUCUGCUGUUUUCACCACCCUCACCAUACUCACUCAGAUCAGCAUCUUAAUAUUGUCACUGUAAACAUGUUAGCAUACUGACGUUAGCAUUCAGCUCACAGUACUGCUGAGUCUGUAUAGGUUCACAAAGCCACUGUAGCAUUGGAUACCUAAACAUCUACCAACAAAAUAUCUUCUGUCAGUUCUCUUGUCCAUUUGAACUAUAGCUUAGGAAAAUUGUUGUCUGUCUGUUCAUCUACUAUACUUAUAUAACCAGGUGACAAUAAGGAAUAAGGUGUGUAGGACAUAAUAUAAUGUGGGGCUGUGCUCACUCUCACUGUGCUUUAAAGGUUGUUACCACCAUUUUUAUUUCCCAGUGUACCUCAUAGAAACUCAGUAUUUACAAAAUACCUAUAGGAUAAUGGUUUUCCUGUCCUCUAAUAGGUCAAAUCCUUCUUCUCUUGUUCCCUGUAGUCAUCUGGGCUUUUGCUGUACCUACAUUUACAUAAGUACCAGUAGGAAGCAGUGGAUAUGUGACUGGUACCUGAUUCAAGCAAUGAAAUUAUUUAGUUUUAGCAGAAGUUCAGCUACUUUUUUUCCUCCACCAUGUUACUACUUCAUGUAAUUAUAUAUGAGAUAUUUGCCACAAUGUCUGUUCAUCAAAAUUGAUAUUUAAUUACAAAUAAUGGAUAUGAGAAAUCAUUAAGUAAAUAAUAGUUUGUUUUAGUUAAGACUAGCUGUUGCUACCUCACCGGCUAGCUAACUCAUAACUACACAGCCAGAGUGCAGGUACUGUAGUUUAAUUGUUUUUACAUCCAUUUUGUAGUUACUACAAAGUGCGCAUACUAUUUUCAUGGAAAGUAUACGUUACUUAAUGCCAUGUUGGUUUUAGGUUUCUGUAUUUUGACAGUGUUGGAGCCUUUUUCAUUCAGAUUUUACGUGCUUCAUCUUCUUGUUUUAAACAGGAACUAAUUUGUCCACUGUCUCUACACUGUUCCUCUUUUUCUGCUUAGGACAGAGAUUGUGAAUGGUUCCCAGACUUGACCUUAUAAUUGCAGGAAUACUCCCCUAUGAGAUGACUGUGUUAGGGAAGAUGUUUCCCUGGUAAUGUCAAAACCGAGACCCUUUAACAAGCCCCGUCCUGACUGCCCUUCAUCUGUUCUCGUCCUAUAUCUAACAACAAAUCUCUGGAUGCUUCAGGGGUGGUAAGCCAGCUUGCAUAGCUAUCCCUUUAUUACAUAGUGAGGUUUCAAAUAGGAAAUGAUUCUCUUUCGCUCUCUCAUUGACCAACAUGCAGGCCUGGUGACCAUGGUGAAGUCAGAUUUUUUAAAAUAACAAGAAAAACUUCAAAGCAAAUGUCUGUUGUAUGACUUUUCCUCACACUACACAAGACAUUAGGUGAAUGGGAUAAAGGAGCAGAUAACUGAAAAUGUAUCUGCAUAUUACUCCAUAAUAAAAAAAAAAGUUCUGCAAAUUCCAAAUGACCUAAAUUCGGAAGUAAAUGCUAACUGUAACCAUCUAGAGGUUUGUUUAUGAUCUGCUUUGGUUUGUGAUCUGUCUGUCUUCAAAAUUUCAAAAUGGCAGCUCUUGGUGAUGAUUUUUGGCUAGUGUUUAUUAAAUAAAGGUCCUUACAUCUACAUUGUUCUGUGACUAUACAGCAGUGAUUUUAGUGGAAUCUGUACUAUAUGCAGUCAUGUCAAGGAAGAAGCCUUAUCUUUCCCCAGUGAGUUCAUAUAAUUUCCUCUCUGGUGGGAGAAGGGGAGUCUGAUCAACACUCUUUACAUGUUCAGUUGUCCUCCCUGAGAUUCUUGGUGGACUAAGUGUAACAAAUAAAGUAUCUUCUGAUUUUUCUAAGUAAAGAGAUGUGGAACAGUCAAAAUGUUGUAAGUGAACAGCAUAGAAAAAUUGUGGCUGGUUUGAUUUGAAGCAGAACUGAGGUCGGGGUUGAUUUGCUUUCAUUUUUGUCAACUCAAAAUGGCAGGUGCCACUGUUGUUUAGCAGAUUAUUUUUUAGGAUAUUUAUAGUUAUUAUAAGGUGGCUUUUCAACCAAGAGGAGUUGGCAGGAGGUUGCUGAUGUUGGCUCUCAUGGGAGGCGAGUGCCAGCUCCAUGAUAGCUGUGGUCAUGACAUGCAGGGAUAUAUGACAUGAUAUCCCGCCCUUGUCUUUAUAGUUCUGUCGUUACUUUUCAGUUAGUGCCUUAUUUCAGCUCCUCAUCACCAGACUUGGAAUCCAGGAGAGCUCGGAUGUCGUUUUAGAAGCCAGGCUGCUCAGGUUACAGGUGAAAUGGUUUCAAUGAUGAGCCCAGGUAACUGUCUGUCAGUCUAUGAGCGUCCUGCCUCAAAGCAAGCUCCUGCUCUGACAUGUAAGUCACCAUGUUUCUGCACUUCCACAAUGCCCCUCC